AGUAAUGAAAGGAGGAGGGCUCAGAUGGCUGCAGCUAGACAAGUACUCGAGCGAUCAACUGUUCUAUUGCUCACCGCAUCAAAGGCGUGCCUUCGUCACCCAGACUGCGACACGGCGCGGGAGAACCGGGACACGGUAUUUCUCCAAAUGCGCCGAUCCAUGGACGUCAUCCAUUACGUGGUCAAAGAGGGUGUAAUCCCCGAGCUAGCAGGAACCACGAGCAAUGGGGAACCGAGGAGAAAUCACGGGGGCCUUCGGCGUAGCACGGGCUCUCACAGGGCGGACGAGAUGGAGCAGUGCCUCACAGUAUGUAACGCCAUCAAGAAAUUUGAGGACCACGUCGAGAUGACUCGCAUGACGAUGCUGAGCCCCGCCUACAGGGGUUUGUUGACUAGUGCCUUGGAAUCAGUGAUAGAACGAUCGCAGGACUUCACGGACUCCGCUUACACCUCACAUGAGCACCGGGAGCGCAUCAUCUUGCUCUGCGACAGGCUCAAAAUGGAGCUGCACCAGCUGCUCCGAGUGGGACUGCAACUCGAGCAGAUAGGUCAAAUUUCUCCGAAUGAAGAAAUGGAAUCUGCUAUACACGAGACACUCAGAGCUGCCAGAGACUUAAAACUUCAAUUACAAACAACAGCUCUGGAGCAGGCGGAAGAACUGCUCAAGUACAUGGACAAGUUGACAUUACUAAACAGGUUAAAACACGCUUCAAUAACGGGUGACCAUCCGCGUCUAGAAGAAAUCAGCGAAAGGUUCAGCGAACAAUCAGACCAUCUGCAAGAGGUUUGCAAACUCCUUCAUCACGUAGCCAGUGCAGAAUCAGUCCAAGUCUUGUCGAAGAACACAGAAGCCUGCCUCCAGGUUUAUGGACCACAGGUGCUAAGCGCAUGCCACACGCUUUUCCUACAUCCAAGCAGUAAGGUGGCGAGAGAGAACGUGGAAGUGUUCAUGGAUGUUUGGAAGGCACUCGACCAAGAUGUGACAGCCUUGGCCCAAGAAGUGGCCGAACUGUGCCGAAACUCCAACAACACUACAGGAAAAUCGGAAAAGGCGGGUAGUACCAACUAUGUGACCAACCCUUCCUCUGAACUUAAUAGGCAGCCACAAAGUCGCCAUUCACCGAGCAACCCGAACAAUCAUAACACUAUACCUAAAAGUAUUGUGACAGCCAAUCAGUUGCCCGCUCCGGGCUUGCCUACGAAACUCGAUGCUGAAGAGCAGUCGAACAUUGCAAAGUUGGGUCUUGAGAUGAAACAACUGACAUCAGAAAUGGACGCAGAAACAGAUAAGUGGCCAACGGCGGACAAUGAUAUUGUGCGCAGAGCUAAAACCAUGUCUCAGAUGGCCUUCUCCAUGUACCAGUUCACUAGAGGAGAAGGAGAACUGAAAACAACUCAGGAUUUAUUCACACAAGCAGAGUUCUUCGCUGAAGAAGCGAACAGGUUUUAUAAGGUUGUUAGGCAUUUUUCAUAUCAGGUACCAGGCGGUUCGAAUAAGAAGGAGAUGCUAGAAAACUUAGAUCGUGUUCCCACCUUUGUUCAACAACUUCAAUUCACAGUCAAAAACACGACAGUGGGAAAAGCUGCAACUUUUACCAAAGUGGACAACGUGAUCAAAGAGACCAAAAACCUAAUGAAUGCCAUCUCUAAAGUAGUUACAACUUGUUUAGUUUGCGCCACAAAGUACAACCUGGACUUCGGCUCCGCUUCUGACCGUUCCCGCCUGAUGUCGCCUUACAAUCGAGGGGAAGGAGCAGGGGAGGAGUACGGGGACGGUGCCGGUGGCAUGCCCCCGAAGGGAAUACAGAGCUCUUCCGAUCCGAACAUUUGACAAUUAGGGAACGGCUCCAGGAGAGCCACCAGCGAGCCCAGGAGGACCACCAGGGUCUCUUUCCUUACACUGCUCGGCUCAAAGCGAAGAGAUAAUUAAAACGCGGAUAGAGAGAGCGCCUCCUCCUUUUAGGUUGCCCUCCCACUGGUUGCAGUAUUUGGCAGAAUCUUGCACAGAGACGCCCGCAUCCACAAAUUUCAUCUCAGGUCGAGUCCACGAAUACGAAUAUGAUCCAUCCAAAACGCACUUCACGCAGCUUUGUCAUGUAGCCUAAUACACAACUUUCCGAGGGAAAAAUAUUUAAUGGCAUUAUUAAAAAUAAAGUAAGAUCCAUAAUUAGAACAAAUGUAAGAGAAAAUAUAACUUCCUCUUUACAGAAUUAACUCUGCAUUCUUUCCUACUCUAUUUUUAUUUUCAAUAAUAAGAAAUCGGCCUGUUCCAACGCGUGAAGAUAUCGUAAACUUACACUGAAUUCCUUUAUUGCUUUAUUCUUAGUUUUUUAUGGCUGCAAGUUAUUUUUAAUUCUUCCAAAAGUAUCCAUUUUAAUACUAGUCAUUUGUUAAUAAAAUCAUAUUUAUAAAAGAAAAUGAAUGGUUAUAUCUUUAAAAACUUACGCUUGUUACAUUCUUAGCUGGCAUGGCUUGAAAGAGAGUAAAAAUCACAGAAAGUUAAAAAGAAUUCAAAAUUAAAACGUCAAACCUUACGGCAAAUGUAAAAAAAAAGGGGUGUCAAAAUAUGUGCCCCUUACUGAAGUACGAAUUAAAAAAACUAAUUUUUUGAAGAGAAAACAUUUUCUCUCGGAUGAUAAAGAAAUCACUUUCUCAGCUAUAUUUUCGGCAUUUUAAAUGUGUAGCUAUGUUCUGAUCAUCACCAAUGACAUAAAACUCGGGCUUAACUCCGAAUUUAAGGGUCAUUAAAAUCGUCUUAUAAUUUUACAUGAUCGUGUUUUCUUCUCUUGAAUGCAAAGCAAGUGGGCUUCAGGAAGAUCAAUUGGAUUACUUCUCAGACUACUUAGACCUGUAUGAAAUCUUUUCUUUUCUAUUCAACAAAUAUUUUUCUGAGAAGAUUCUUAUAUAACAGUAUGAUAGCUUUAAGAAUAUAACUUAUUCCAUUUGUUUUAUGUAAUUUUAUCCAGCUAUUGUGAUUUUAUAGUUAUUUAUAAUUCCCUUCCUUUCUCAAUGAUAUCUUCGGACUUGAGUGUUGUAAUGUAAUGAUCCUAAAUUAAAAUCUUGAAUCAUUUCUUUAAAAACAUAAAUGAAUUCUGAAAACACCAACUUAAUUUUUUUUUCUUUCACCUGUAAAUUUAGCGAAGUAGUGAGUAAUUUCAAUUUUGAAGAUGAACUGCAUAUUUGACAAUGGAUGCAACACAUUCGUGGACUGGAUCAAUAUGCGUUAAAAUGUAUGUUGAAUAUUGAACGCAAAAACCCCCACCUCAGCUUGUGCCUCGUGAGGGUCAAACGUAAAAUUUCGGUGUUAUUUCCCAUUAGCGCACCUACAGCUGGGCAAUUAUUUUUAUGUAGAUUGUGUCGGUGCUGCCAUCUUCUGUUCGUUUAAGGAACCGCGCGCAAGGCACGUAUCCAAAUCUCACCAACCUAUCCUUUCACCCAGCUAAAGCAAAUCGAUUCCAACUCGCUGCGAGCGGAUUAAAAAAAGAUUGAGAGUUUCAAAUUUUGAUGAUCUGGUAUUUACUUCUUCGCAUUGAAAAAAAAAAAAAAAAAAAAGAAAAGAAAAAUAUAUAUUUCUAAAUAUUUAAAAUAUUUAAAUUACAAUGUAUGAAAUUUUAAAAUGCUAUUCGUAAAAGCUGUCAAAUGGCUUAUCAAAAACAAGUUUAUAUUCAUAAUAAAACUCAGGUUUUACUUCAGAUGAUCUAAAAUUAAUAUGUUUGCUGUAUAAGUGAGCCUGACAUAGCAAAUUACGAGUAUUUAAAGGAACAUCAUAUCUUAAAACACUAAGAUAUAAAUGAGAGAUAAUACUAUCGUUACAAGCAUUUAAAAAAUCUUAUGAUCCGACGCACUACUAUCCUAAAUAUUUCCUGUUUUCUUCUCUCUGCAAUAUUCUGCCUUCUUUUGCCAUCUAAACUGUAGCUUCACUUUUUCUUCGUUGAUAAAUUUUGAAUUAUGUAAUUUAUUUUAAGCAAGAAUUUUUAUGCCGUAGUUAUUUAUCGAUAACUUUCCGAGCUUACAAAAAAUUAAGUAUUUUAGGAAUUAAUUUUAAUAAAUAAAAUUAUCUAAAAUAUUAAGACACUUUUAAAAAAUGUUAAUAUUUUUGCAGAACAAUUAAGUGAAGAAAUUCUUUUUUAUCUAAGUGAAAAACACUACUGAACAUUAGCAUCCAUGACAGCAGUUUUAACUCUGAAUUGGGGGGGAAAGAACUUUUUAAUCUUAUUUGAGUAUUAUAACCGCCUUAAAUUUAUUUACUUACUUUUCAGGUCUUUCAAACUCGGUUUUAUUUUUUAUUUUUCCCCCUUUUAUUUUUUUUCCCUUUUCGAGGAAGGGGGUUAAAAGUUUACAAGAUUUGUAGUUUUUUAUUUCUUUGAUUGAAUUUAAAACUUCCUAAUUACCUGUAAAAGAAGAACUAUUUUAUAAAUAAAAACAAACAUGAUAUAUUUUUCAAUUCUCUUUGUUUUAAAAGUCUUGUUUUUGCAAAAUACAAAAUAAGAGAAUUUGGAAUAUUUAAUGUUCAUUUUAUUCUAAGAUUUCUUUUUACAUACCUUUCGAAUUGUGACUUGCUUUUUUCGUUCUUUGCAGUCAGUUAUAUUUUUAUGGUUUUAAAUCCGUUUAUUAAAAUUCCUAAUUUUUUAGUACAUUUGUUUAAUACCUUGACAUUCUUAUUUUCUGAAGCUACUUUUUAGAUUGCGAGAUCUCAGUACUGCUAUAUUUAAGGUGCAGUGCUAAAUAUUUCACUUCUCUCGAUUAUUUUUCUAUGGAAAAUUUAAUUUUAAAUUACAAGAAAAUAAUGAUAGAAAAUAAUAUUCAGAAGAAAAAAUUCAGCAAGAUGUAGAAAUUGCAGCAUUGCGCCUUUUAGUGAAGGAAAUUUCGAACUGUAAUCAUUUCUCUAAUGUAGACUAGUUACACGAACUGAUGGUGCCAAUCGUGUCACAAGUAUGCAUUUAUACGUUAAUGAAAUAAAAAAAAAUUAUUUUGGUUUUAGUUCGUUAAUUUAAAACAGAUUCAUUACAACCAUUUUAAACUCAUUUUUUCCCCCUCCUGAUGUUUGAUCUAACACAAACAGGCUUGAUUUAUCUUCUAAAGAAUCUCACAUAUUCUUUUUACAAAGUUCAGUAUUCCAUGUAUACAUACUGGUAGUCUAACUAAGUCCCUUUUCACUACACUAAUUAGGUGGAUCAGUUAUUGGAAAUUAGAACAGAUCAAGUAAAACCUCUUUGAAAGUGCCCUGCAUACAUACUGCCACGAUUGAGCGCUCAGUCAUUCAAUCCUAGAUCCUGUGAUAUUGCGUGAUGGGCUGCGGUGGUUCUCCAUGGGUAUUUUUACUAACUUUACAAAAGAUGCUGUGUAUUAUAGGCUGACAGUUUUCGUCCAGCAAACACAAAUGCUUGAAAUAUGAGGAUAAUUGUUCUAAACAGAGUAUUUCUAAACUCUUAAUUGUUUGGAAACAGUGUUAAAAUUUAACAGUUGCUUGAAGGGCAUUUAUUGAUUUAGUCGGAAAAUAUCUUUAUUCUCAUAUUAUAAAAAGUAAUAACUUCAUUAUUGCCGUGAUUUUUCUUCUUUUUAUAAAAAGGAAUAACAGUUUAUCAAAUUAUAUAUUUUUGAGUUCGUGCAAAGCAGAAUUCGAAAUACACACACCGCUUUUUAAAACUGAGCAUGAAAUUUUCGUUAAUCUAGAGAACGUGCAGUAAUUUCUGAGAGAAAAAUUCAAAUUCGUAUUUGAUAUGAUAACUGCUUUCUAUUAUAUAAGUAUCGCAGAGAUUUUUUUUUGCCUUUAUCAAAUAUAAAUAUUCAUUGGUUCUUCUGUAACUGACAUUAGCGUUAAAAUUACCUCUUUCCUUUUCAUAAAAAGAAAAACAGAAAACAAUAAUAAAACAAUUACACAACGGAAACUGAACUAAAAAUUAAUUCCUUCGUUAUUUGUCAUAAUUUCUGUAAUGAUAUUUUAUUUUUACAUUUGUAAUCGUCAAAAGUGACACAGACAUAUUAAUCAGGAAUGAAUUAAUAUUAACUUUAAUUAAGCAUAGUUUAAAGUCAUAAUAAUAAUAUAUUUCAGCACAGACGUUUCGUAAUUAAACUAAGUUUCUCAUUUUUUCGAAUUUGGGCGAUUUCUCUACGUGGUGAUUGGCCUCACGCGCUUUCUUUGGUCUUAUGAUAUCAAGAGCUGAAAUCCUUUCGGAAAGUUCUUGAUUGAUGCUGACCGAAGAGCCGUGUGUUUUUAAGAAUAAUUCUAAAAUCGUGAUAAGUUCUUUCGUCCAAAAUCCUGCUUGAAAUAAGAAUCUCGAAACAAUGCAUGCUUAUCAAAAAUUUUUAGUGGACUUUUAAAUGAAGUACCGCAUACAGAAACACUAAAAAAAUAAAGAAUGAAAUAUUAUUUAUUCUGUUGUACUUGUUAUUUUAAAAUAAUCAUACGGAGGUGCAAAAGAUUAAUCUUUGACUAACAUCUAAACUGUGGCAUCACCAUAGAGGCUGAGUAAACAAGGAAGUUAACGAGCAUUCUAUGCUAUCACGUUUUUAACUGCUGAAAAUAUAUACUUUCCAAACAUUUCAUUUUCUUCACCUAGAAUUCCCUGAAUGCUUAGAUGGAAGUAUUUUGCACCAUAUUCUAUCACAUACUCACUCUUUAAGUAAAUAUCAAAUAUAAAAAUUUCUUAGUCAAUUAAUUAUCUUAUUUCAAAUUAUAUUCUGUUCACCGACAAACUCUCAUAUUGCAAUCUUCAUUUCAAUUUUAUUUAAUUGUUUAAUGAACUUACUGACCACUCCACAGAAUUAUUUUACCUAUUAUACAGUCUUUUGUUUAUCUCGCUGUAAAUAGACAAUUUUUAUUUCCUUUGUAUGUUUUACUCAUAUAGUCAAGUUUAGAAAACACCUGUUUCAUAUUAUACUUUAUCUUUAAAACUUAAGACUUUUUCUCAUUCCAUGUCUAAAAAGUAGUUAUUAUUUAUUCUAAAUGUUCUGAGCAAGAAAAGAACACUGUAAUGAUACCUAAUCCAUCUAGGGAUUAUAUGCGGAAAAAAUGAUGAUGAUGUUCAUCAUGAAAACUUCAGGAAGUGGUAGAAAAAACUAGAAAAUCUGAGAAGAAAUUCAAUACAAUCGAUUUAAAAAACAAGGAAGUUAAAAACUUUUUAUGCCUAUGGGAUGACCAGGCAGCAAUUAGAACAAGCAUGACAAAAUUCGAGGGGGAAAGCGUCAAGCUGUAUGAGAAAAUCGGCAUCCCACCACCCACCGAUUACUACGUUUCCUUAUUUUUCUCCUCAAAAUGGCAGAAUUCCGUUAGAAGUGAUCUUCUUUCUUUAGAAUUAUUGUGGUUUCUUAUUAAAGCUAUUUAUCUUUUAUAAAUUAUUAUCAAAAGCUAAUUAUAUAUUAAUUUAAUCACUGUCACAGCCUGAAGUUUCCUGCCCAUUUCUGAUUUACUCUUACAAUGCGUAUAUAUAUAUAUAUAUUCUGGCUGCUAUAUAUGGCUUGCAGCCAGAAUAUUUCUAGGUGAUCUCCUAUGUUUAAGAUUUCGCUCUAGGAUUCUUUGUGAGUUAAAUAACUUUUCCAAUACUUCACAGAGAGAAACACAAUUAUAUAUUAGCCUUACCAUGAUAUUCGGAAAUUGCUUUCCAUACCUAUGUUUACUUUACGUGAGUAUUUGAGAUACGUCUUCAUUUAUUUUUUCUUUCUUUAAUAAUUCAAUACCUAGCUACAGUUUUCUGCCACGUAUGUUUGUGAAAUACAGGAAUGUAUCUCAUAUUUCAUUAAAUCAAUACUUCCACAUAAAUUUUCUGCGAAAUGUCUGUAGACAGCCUUUGUAAUGUAUCUUAAGCAACAAUCUCAUUGUAGAUUUAAAUGACCUUUAAAAACAAUGUCUGUAACAGGCAUGUCAAUCUUGCGGCACUUGGCUCAUCUUUGGGUUUCACCCCGAGAAAAGGAUAAAAAAAUGAAGUAUAUUAAUAAAUAUUGGAAUUCUAUGCAAUAUUGAGGCGUAUAUACAGCCUCGAGGUAGUAUAUUUGCAAGAGUACUUUCUCAACCAAAGUAGACAAAAUCAUAGCCAAUUUUGAGAUGGAAUGAACAGGAAUUCAGUGCAACUCUAUUCUAAACAUAAAAAUUCACUGAUAUGGGUAUCUCCGAAUUUUGAAAAUACUUGCCCGCAUGGUUUCCAGAAAGCCUCAAAUUUUGCGUCCUACAGGAUUUCCAAAUUCGAUAGUACAUACCAGAGGGUACAACUUUUCUCCCUUUUUUUGCUCCUUGCGGCAGGCGCUACUGUAUACUCAUGAUUAUUUGGCUCACUUAAGACACUACGUUUGACAUGCCCAGUCAAUAAUAUCUGAAUAUUCUUAUCAGAAAAUAAAUAUUAAAUGCUAAAUUAGCAUGCCAUCGAUAUUGCAUUAGUUAGUUCACUCAUAUGUUGAAAUUAACACAUACAAAAUAUACAAAUAAAGACAUAAAAGUUCAUCUAAUUUGCUUCUUAAGAAUUAAAUACAUUUUGAGUCCUGGAGCGAAAUCUUGCAUCUAAAUCAGCAGUUAAUUAUGUUUACUUCCGCUAAAAUAAAGGUGUUAUGUGCAGUAAAUAACAAUACUCAUAGAAUAAAAAUUUGACAGUUCUUUGAAAUUUUAAUAUCACAUUACGUACUUCAACCAUUUGUGCUUGCUGGACUAAUUUGGAAUGUCAAGCUGUGGUGUCCAUUUUGUACGACAUUAAUUGUAUGAACACCAUCAAAGUGAAAACUUAUAACUAUCUUCCAUUAAUGUAUUCGUCGCAAAGUACGUGCAUAGAAACUGUGCUUCAGUAGCUGGAAGUUUUUCUAUUGAUGAAAAGUAAACAUGAAGGUAUACCGGGUCUGGAACUCGAAACCUUCUAUAGCUUAUACGGAGAUGUUAUUCACUUUGAACUGAUUGCGAAAUUAUUCAUUCGCAAUCCUGUCACUGUAAGAAAAUAAAAUCCAAACUCGCUUAGAGCUUUAUAUGUAGAAGAUGUACGAGUCAGCAACUGACUAUUUUCGUUGAAUAGAUCAGUGAAGACUCGCAUUUUUUCUUAAUUAAUAUUCUGGCAGUGGAAAACAGUAAGAGAAUGGUAUCAUAUCCCGAAAAGACAAGAUGUUGUUAAAUUUUUGCGAAAGGCCUUUAUAGUUGUUUUAAAGAAUGAAAUUGAUAAUGUAAUGAAAUUGUAGCAUUUGUGAAUGCAUUACUGUCAUUUUGGGAGAAAUUUGAAAUUGCCUCUUUUGCAGUUUAAAUACCAUUUAGAAUUUGGCACUUUUUUUAUUGUAUAUUAGUUUUAUUGUGUGUAUGAAUAUAACAAAUCUAUUUUAAUUUUUCUAAAAAUUUAAUACUGCAUUUUAUUGUUUUUGAAUCCUUUAUAACUGGUCGUGUCAUAUAAAUUCUUUGCACCAGGAUAUAUCGUGUAAACACGAAAUGUUUAACUUACAAUAUACAUAGUUUUUCUAUUUGAAAUGCAUGAAAAUUUGAAAUAUGUAUCUGUGUGUAUAUACAUGCAAACACGCCUUUGAUCACUUGUUUAAGUCAAAUAUUUACAUGAAUAAAAUUAUACUUUUUAUGAUACAAUUGCAAAAACAAUACAAAUACAUUUCUAAAUUUCACGUAUUUCUGAAUUUCAGGAAUAUACCGUUCUCAGCAACCACUCUUGUAGGCAAAUCUUGUACUUAAUUCCUUUAAUAAUGAAUUUUUAAUUAAGUGAUAGUAACUGGAAAAAAGCCAUAAAUGUUUUAACAACUAUUUUUGUAUUUGGAGGGUAAAAAAGCCGUCAAUUCAAAAUUCGUAUUUUUGCAUAUUAUUUUUAUUUUCUGUUUUGUUUUCAAGAAUAUUCUUUAAAAAAUAAAUAUAUGAUAUGAUGCGCUUUUUCUAUACAAAUAAUUUCUUUCUUCCUCGUUUAAUGUAAAUUUUAAUAAAGUUAGUACUUAAUUUAUUGUACUCUCUUAAAUCACAGUUUAGAUUAAAAUCGUAAACUUAGAAAGAUUCUUAAUAUUUAAAACAUGUUUAUUUUCCAUUUAAAUACCUAAAUUAAAUAAUUAGGAAACGACGUCGGUUUCAAAUCCUUUAAUUAUUUAUUUGUGUAAUUGAUAAGGUUAUUAUUUCAUUUGUGGCUUUGAUUUGUGCAGAUGACUACACUUUGUAUAAAAUGUAACCACACUUAAACCCUAAUCAUUUCUUAUACAAAAUGCGCUUUAUUAAAUUACCUAGGUAAAUCACUUAACAUUUGGUACAGACUUUAAUAUAAUAGUUAGAUUUCCUACUUUCAGUCCAAGAUAAGCAAUUUCUUAAAUUACAGAACAGGAAAUUUAAAUUCAUAUUUAACUUCACGUGUAUUGAUAUAAUAUAAAUUACAAAAAUAUAUUAAGGUAAAUUUCAUCAGAGUAGAAAAUUAUAUUUUUUAAUACAUAAAGAGUUAAAUUUCUUUAAAUCGGUAAAUAAUUUUCCCAAUCCAAGUCCAAUGAAAUAUGUGAUAAUGUGCUAAUUCAUAAGGUUCACAGCCAAAAUAUUACUCAAAUAAACGUUAUUACUUUUUGUGAUAACCAAAUUUUGAAAACAAAUUAUUUUUAAAUGCAAAUGCGGUAAUAUGUAUUGUUUCUGUUUCAUUUUUUCCCGGAGGACUCUUUGUAGUUAAAGUGACGCAGUCCUACAAAAUAGUGCCAACUCAAGUCUUCGCUAAGUUAAAUCAACUUAUUAACAUGAAAUAGGAAAUUAAUUUUAAUAUACAUUAAAAGAAAUCUAGGAACUUGCCCUUUAUCUAAAAUCAAUACACAAUUAUUUUAAGGUAAGAAAAUCUGUUAUUCGUUAAUUCAUACUUGCUUAUUAAACACACAUGAAAUAUUUAAGCAAAGAAAAAUGUUAAGAAAAUAUGAACUGUAUUUUUAUUGCUUUAUAUUAACUCAAAAAAUAGUUUUAAUGACUCGUAUUUUGACUUCCUUCAAGUACCUUGAAUUCGGUGGCUUUUAGGUGUACUCCAUUUGACUGUUUGUGUAGAAUUUCACUGUUUCAAUUCAUAACUGUAUAGCCUUGUCGCAUAUUUUAUAUCAAUCUGGAAAAUGUGACGAUUUAUGGCACUGCUUAAUUAAAUAACCUUUCAUUUAAAAUUCUUUCAAAAUACCCAUUUCUGUCCUUUUGGGGGCAAAAACUAUGUAUUUGGAAGAUUGGAGUUGUAUGUUUAUUACACAUUAAGUAUUUAUUUGUUAUCAUAUGUUUAUUAUACACCAAAUAUUUAUUUGUUUUAUACGUUUAUUACAUAUUAAGUUUCAUUUUUUAUCAUAUGUUUAUCAUACAUCAAAUAUUUAUUUGUUAUCAUAUGUUUGUUUCCGAGUCCUAAAUUAUUAUAAACCUUUCGACUAUUCAAAACUAAGCCCUCUCAUUCUUAAUUUGUGUUACUGAUUUUGCAUAUAAAAAUUUACUUAUAAAUUUGUUAAAAAUUUACU